CCUUGACAGUUUGAAAAUAUUAAAUAGCUGAAGAAAAGGAAAAAUCAGACAUAAUAAAUAAUAAUUGUUUACACAUAACGUACCUUCUUGGGAUCAGAUCAGAAUCAGAAGGAAUCCUCACUUCCAAAGAAGUUAUUAAAAAUUCGUACAAACAACUAUCAUUAUAGAUAUUAGGAAACCUAUUCAAAAUAUAUAUUGACUGAAAUAGUUUAAGUCAAGGAUAUGACUUUAGAAACAGUACAUAUUGACAAAAUUUGUAGAACUUGUCUAUCAGAAGAAAAUGUAUCUAAAUCUGUCUUUAGUGUAGAUGAAUACAAUGGUGAAAACAUUAGUUUAUUACAGAUGCUGCAGUCUUACACCAAUAUUCAGAUUUUGGAAAAUGAUGGCUUGCCUAGUCAAGUAUGCGAUCAAUGUGUUGAUUACAUUAAUAAAACCUAUUCAUUCAAAGGAAUAUGUGAACGAUCAGACUUAACACUAAGGCAGAUACUAGGGAAAAUAUAUACUGAAUCACCAAAUAAAAUGAAACAUCAGAAAAGCAACACUUUGGACAAUUCAGAUGAAAUAAGUGAAAAAUUGGAUCAGAUAGAAAAGCCAAUCGAUCCAUCUUGUGACAUAAAACUGACUAAUUUGAGUAGUAUUUCAUUAGAAUCAGAUUUACUAGAUAUUAAAAUUCUUGAAAACUUUGAGAGAAAUACUUCAGAAGAUAUGCCGGAAAUUAGUGCCUCCUUAAACAACAGAAUUGCUGGUAAUUUUCAGAAUAAUUCUAGUAAUCAUGAAGUAGAUCAAAUAGAGUCGACAUUGAAUGGAGAUAUUGAUGUUGAUUGUGGUUAUUCUACUAUCAAAACAAAAUGUGAAACAGUAUUAGAAAAAAAUGAAUGUAGGAGUUUAUGUCCCGAUGAAUAUAUUGGUCCAAUUCAAGAUGAAACAAGUCAACCUCUUUAUUUAUGUGAAAAUUGUACUAGCUGCUUCACUACUAAGGAAGAUCUUGAGAAUCAUAUGUCUAUUCACUUGGAAAUUCCGACUGCUAUGAAAGCCAAGAAAACUCAUAUUUGCAACAAAUGUCAACAACCAUUUUCUAGUGCCAGUACAUUGAGUCGCCAUAUGAAAGUUCAUGAUGGCACAAAAAAACAUCUCUGCAAUGAAUGUGGUAAAGGUUUCUCAAGGUCAGAUGAUUUAGCCCGUCAUAUCAGAACUCAUACAGGGGAAAAGCCUUAUUCCUGCAAAAUCUGUUCUAAGUCUUUUGCCCAGUCAUUCAGGUUAUUAGAACACACCAGAGCCCAUGCUAAUGAAAAGUCUUUCCAGUGUAAAACAUGCGGAAAAGCAUUUUCAAGAUAUACAAGCCUAGCAGUUCACUCUAAAACACAUCUAAAGCUCAAAACGCAUGUUUGCAGCCUCUGUGGUAAAAGGCUUUGUGGUUCUGGAUCUUUAGCAAUGCAUAUGAAGACCCAUACUGGACUCAAAGAUCACAUUUGUUCUUUUUGUGGGAAAGGGUUCACUACUUCCAGUAAUCUAAUUAUUCAUAAAAGAACCCAUACAGGAGAAAAGCCUUAUGUGUGCUCAACUUGUGGUAAAGCUUUCCCAGACCCUUCCAGACUAACGGUACACCAAAGAUCACAUAGUGGUGAGAAACCAUAUGUAUGCCAGUACUGCAAUCAUGGGUGUGUCAGUUCUUCACAACUGAAAAAACAUGUUAGAAUUCAUACUGGUGAGAAGCCUUAUAAGUGUGAUAUGUGCACAAAGGCCUUUCCCAGAAGUGAAGAUCUGAAAUUACAUCGUAAAACUCAUAAUGGUUAUCGAGAUUACAUAUGCGUAUGCUGUAACAAAGGAUUCUAUCAAGCAUCAACAUUGAAAGUUCAUUUGAGGAUACACACAGGAGAAAAACCUUAUAGUUGUACAGUUUGUAAAAAAUCAUUCUCACAAACAGGCCCCCUUACUAUUCAUAUGAGAAGAACUCAUAACACUGAAUUAUGAAUAUAUCUUGAGGUGUAUUUUUUAUUUAUUGUAUUAUUUCUAGUAUUAAAUUUUAAAGAAAUA